CAAGAACUCUUCCUUCAGGGUUUCCUUCAUUGCCAUUCGACCUGGAUCGAUUGAUAUCGCUGCGGUUAAUUAUAUGAAGUAGUAAAACUUCCCGCCUCGAAUCAGACAGUCGUGAUCCCAGCAGGUUCCCGUCUUCGCCAACCGCGAACCUACUAGCUAGAAUACCCAACAGCCUCCUGCAUUCAUGCAUCUAGAGGUCAUGGUACCGUAUGAUGGAACGGGAACGGUUGGAACCCCUCGAUUAUACAGUCAUCCAACUAGCAGCGAACGAAUCUUGGUUGCCCACUGACAGCUGGCCCGAUUUGAGGGGAUACUUGAUUGGCAAAGAUUUCGACCCAAAGAAGAUAGAAAGCAGCAAGCUUCGACUUAUGCGCUUAUUGUCUGAUGCUCAAAGUCUACCCCCAUCACCUCCGCACGCCAAUGGAUUUGAUUUAGGCCCCAAUGCUAAGAGCUUACAGAGAGACUCGGAAACUGACCAGCCAGAACGUCCAGAUCAUGUACACCUUACGUUCGAGGAGCUAGACGAUCCAAAGCCCGUAUAUACCGGUUGCCGUUACCGCAAGGAUACGGAAAAGGAGAGCCUGAUUUGCGAAAAUACUGUCAAGCGCCUGAGAGCCACAGGAGUCUUAGGAGGAAGAAAGACUAUUAAGUUAGCAUGGCGCGCUCGCUUUGGGGUCAAGACACGUCAGAAGACCUUCCGCAUCGUUAGCAAAGGCGUUCUUGAAUCAGAUAUAUUAUUUGGGGAGGAUUGGCUGGAGGAAGACGACGAAGAGGAUGUGUAUGAGAAGUCUGAGAGGCCAAACAAGAGGAGACGAAUUGAGCCGGUGGACCGUCAAGGGGAUAUGACUCUCACGACAUCCUCAAACAGCAAAUCAGCAAGUGACCGAGCAGCGAUGGCGUUCGCGUCCGAGUCGGCUUUGGAAUAUGCGCGACAGUCAGGUCCAUUCAAUCCAUGUCUUAUUCCAACACAGUCAAAAGUUGUUUUCGAAGCUGGAAGUAGCAAUGCCAGUCAACUAGGAAUGGACGCUGACUCACAAGAGAUCGAUGAUCAGAGGGGUCCACAAGAGAACGAAGACCAUGGAUGACCGAUAGUUGGUAAACUUACUUUGAAAACUCCUCUUUAGUGCUACUCCGAUGACUCCCGACUCGGACGCCUACCCGCGUGCAACCAAGACCAUUUUCGCAACACUCGAAGCAUGCAUGAAGCAAGAUAGAAAUUAAACUGGGCUCACAUUUUGGGGAAAGAAAAGGUUAACCAUCAACUUUCAGGAGGGCAGGCAGAUCAUCAAUAUAGAAGACAAGAUUUGAAGGGUAUCUAUAUCGGAUCACAGAGUCCACGGCACCUUGGCGAGAUGAGGUCACAGGGAGGUAUUUUCGUGCACGCUUUGAAUCUCUGGUUCGGAAUGUAGCGUACUGCAGCAAUUGAAUGUAGGGCUAGCCUGAACACACGUUGUGAUAGGCACUCAUGAUAUUGAUAGCUCUUCAAAUGCUUCUAGCUGUUGUCACAAUUUGCUGGCAAUCGUCCAUUCGAUGGGUCGUGGUCACUACCCACUUACCUGC